GACUGAAGGGGCUGGACUUGCCACCUGUAUAGAAUUAUGUGUAAAAGCCCUUCGUUUGGAAUCUACAGAAAAUACUGAAGUGAAAAUAUCUAUUUGCAAGACCAUUUCGUGCCUGUUGCCUGAUGAUCUGGAAGUUAAACGUGCUUGUCAACUGAGUGAAUUUCUUAUUGAGCCUACAGUAGAUGCAUAUUAUGCUGUGGAAAUGCUGUAUAACCAGCCAGAUCAGAAAUAUGAUGAAGAAAAUCUUCCAAUACCAAAUUCUCUACGCUGUGAGCUCUUACUUGUAUUGAAAACUCAGUGGCCCUUUGAUCCAGAAUUCUGGGAUUGGAAAACAUUAAAACGACAAUGUCUUGCAUUAAUGGGGGAAGAAGCGUCUAUUGUGUCUUCGAUAGAUGAACUAAACGACAGUGAAGUUUAUGAGAAAGUAGUGGACUACCAGGAAGAGAUUAAAGAAACUUCUAUGAAUGGACUUUCUGGUGGAAUUGGUGCUAAUUCUGGCCUUCUUAAAGACAUCUGUGAUGAAAAGCAGAAGAAGAGAGAGAUAAAACAAUUAAGAGAGAGGGGAUUUAUUUCUGCUAGGUUUAGGAAUUGGCAAGCCUACAUGCAGUAUUGUGUGCUAUGUGACAAAGAAUUCCUUGGUCAUAGAAUAGUACGACAUGCUCAAAAACAUUACAAAGAUGGGAUUUACAGUUGCCCUAUAUGUGCAAAGAACUUCAAUUCUAAAGAAACUUUUGUCCCUCAUGUCACAUUGCAUGUUAAACAAUCUAGUAAGGAGAGACUAGCAGCUAUGAAACCAUUAAGAAGAUUGGGGAGGCCACCUAAGAUCGCAACUACCAAUGAGAAUCAGAAGACUAAUGCUGUGACCAAGCAGGAACAGCGGCCUAUAAAAAAGAAUAGUCUCUAUUCAACAGACUUCAUAGUAUUUAAUGACAAUGAUGGUUCAGAUGAUGAGACUGAUGACAAAGAUAAAUCUUAUGAACCAGAAGUGAUCCCAGUCCAGAAACCAGUACCUGUUAAUGAAUUUAAUUGCCCUGUAACUUUUUGUAAAAAGGGCUUUAAGUACUUCAAAAAUUUAAUUGCUCAUGUAAAGGGGCAUAAGGAUAAUGAAGAUGCCAAGCGCUUUCUUGAAAUGCAAAGCAAAAAAGUUAUUUGCCAGUACUGUAGACGGCAUUUUGUAAGUGUUACUCAUCUUAAUGAUCACCUACAAAUGCACUGUGGCAGUAAACCAUAUAUCUGUAUACAGAUGAAAUGUAAGGCUGGUUUUAAUAGUUACGCAGAGCUCUUAACACACCGAAAGGAACAUCAAAUCUUUAGAGCAAAGUGUAUGUUUCCUAAAUGCGGCAGAAUUUUUUCAGAAGCUUAUUUACUGUAUGAUCAUGAAGCACAGCAUUAUAAUACCUAUACUUGUAAGUUCACAGGUUGUGGUAAGGUUUAUCGUUCUCAGAGUGAGCUAGAAAAGCAUCUGGACGAUCACAGUACUCCUGAAAAAGUGCUGCCUCCUGAAGACCAACAUACUUCAUCUGGAGAUUGUGUUCAGCCUUCUAAAGUGAAUCCGAACACAGAAGUGAGCAUCAAGAAAGAGGGGUCUAUGCUUCCCUCAGAAAAUAAUAUUGAAAACACCUUACCGGCAGAUAGAAGUGAUGCUUGGGAUAAAAGCAAAGCAGAAUCAGCUGUGACCAAACAAGACCAGAUUUCUGCAUCAGAGCUCAGGCCAGCUGAUGGACCAUUGUCAGAUGGUUUGGAAAAUCCUGUGACUACUCCUCUGCUUCAGGCCAGUGAAGUAGCUGUAUCCAUUAAAGUGUCCCUCAAUCAGGGCAUCGAGGAUAACUUUGGAAAGCAAGAAAACUCAGCUGUGGAAGGCACUGCUGAAUCACUGGUCACAGACUUACAUACACCAGUUGGAGAUACUUGUAAUGAUUUGUGUCGUCCAGGUUUUCAAGAAAGAAAACAGGAUUGCUUUAAUGAAGCCCAGAUUACUCAGAAUUCUUUAGUAAAUUCAGAAACCCUCAAAAUAGGUGACCUUACCCCACAAAACUUAGAAAGACAAGUGAACAACCUGAUGACCUUUUCUGUGCAAAAUCAGGCAGGAUUUCAAAACAGUUUACCAGCUUCCAAGUUUGAAUGUGGAGGUAAUGUUAAAACAUCAUCCAAUCUUUAUAAUUUAUCUCUUAAGACAUUGGAAAGUAUCACAUUUGUUCCACCACAGCCCAACCCAAGUAGUUCUUUAGGAACUCCAUCAGUGCCUCCAAAAGCGCCAGUUCAGAAAUUCAGUUGCCAGGUUGAGGGAUGUACUCGAACCUAUAAUUCUUCACAGAGUAUUGGGAAACACAUGAAGACAGCACACCCUGACCAGUAUGCUGCAUUUAAAAUGCAGCGCAAAAGUAAAAAAGGUCAGAAAUCUAACAACUUAAAUACACCAAAUAAUGGAAAGUUUAUUUAUUUUUUGCCAUCACAGGUGAGCAGCUCUAACAAUGCAUUUUUUACACCACAGACCAAAGCCAACGGGAAUCCUACUUGUUCAAAUCAGUUGCAGCAUGUCUCGCCUUCCAUUUUUCCAGCUCAUUUAACAAGUGUGUCAACUCCACUGUUGCCCUCAGUGGAAAGUGUCAUAAAUCCAAAUAUACCUUCUCAGGAUAAAAAUGAACAAGGUGGUGGUAUUAUAUGUUCCCAAAUGGAAAAUUUAUCUACUACUACCUUGCCAGCACAAAUGGAAGAUCUAACCAAAACAGUUUUGCCUUUGAAUAUUGACAGUGGCUCAGAUCCUUUCCUUCCUCUACCUGCAGAAAGUAGUUCAAUGUCUCUCUUCCCUUCACCAGCAGAUAAUGGGGCUAAUUCUGUUUUUUCCCAACUGGAAAAUAAUACAAAUCAUUUUUCCUCACAGAUUGAAGGAAACACUAAUUCCUCCUUUCUAAAGGGAGGUAAUGGUGAAAAUGCAGUUUUUUCUUCACAAGUCAAUGUUGCAAAUGACUUUAAUAGCACCAGUGCCCAACAGUCUGCACCUGAAAAGGUUAAAAAAGACCGUGGGCGGAUCCCAAAUGGGAAGGAAAGAAAACCCAAGCACAACAAAAGGGCUAAAUGGCCUGCAAUUAUCAGAGAUGGGAAAUUUAUCUGUAGCAGGUGUUACAGGGCUUUUACUAAUCCCAGAUCUCUGGGUGGACACUUGUCUAAGCGAUCUUACUGUAAACCACUGGAUGGAGCAGAAAUUGCUCAAGAACUUCUACAGAAUAAUGGACAGCCUUCUCUUCUUGCCAGCAUGAUUCUCUCCACAAAUGCAGUAAAUUUGCAGCAGCCGCAACAGUCUACCUUCAGUCCAGAAGCAUGUUUUAAAGAUCCAUCAUUCCUGCAACUUCUUGCUGCUGAAAAUCGCUCAUCAACAUUUUUACCAAAUACAUUUCCUCGGACUGGUGUGACUAGCUUUAGUACCAGUGUUAGUCAAGAAGGAAGUGAAAUUAUUAAACAGGCUUUGGAAACUGCUGGCAUUCCCAGUACAUUUGAGGGUGCCGAAAUGCUUUCUCAUGUUCCAACAGGUUGUGUUUCAGAUGCGACACAAGUAAGUGCAACAGUGAUGCCAAAUCCAGCUGUGCCACCCCUGUUGCAGACUGUAUGCCACCCAAACCCCCUGCUGACAAACCAGAAUAGGACCCCAAACUCCAAAACUUCCUCCAUUGAGGAAUGCAGCAGUUUGCCUGUUUUCCCAACAAAUGACUUACUACUGAAGACUGUUGAAAAUGGUUUGUGUUCUAGUUCAUUCCCUAAUUCUAGUGGGCCAUCACAAAAUUUUACCAAUAACAGUUCACGUGUUUCAGUUAUAAGUGGUCCUCAGAACACGAGGUCUAGUCAUUUAAAUAAGAAGGGAAACAGUGCUUCGAAGAGAAGAAAGAAAGUUGCUCCUCCCCUAAUUGCACCUAAUGCUUCCCAAAACUUGGUAACAAGUGACUUAACAGCAAUGGGACUUAUAGCAAAGAGUAUAGAGAUACCAACUAGUAACCUCCAUUCAAAUGUAAUUCCAAAUUGUGAGCCUCAGGGUUUGGUGGAAAAUCUAACACAGAAAUUAAAUAAUGUUGACAAUCAGUUAUUUAUUACUGAUGUGAAAGAAAACUUUAAAACCAAUCUUGAGUCCCAUACAGUGUUAGCUCCUUUAACAUUAAAAACUGAAAAUGGUGAUUCCCAAAUGAUGGCUUUGAAUUCGUGCACGACUUCAAUAAAUUCUGAUUUGCAGAUUUCUGAAGACAAUGUUAUACAAAACUUUGAAAAGACUCUUGAAAUUAUUAAAAGUGCUAUGAAUUCUCAAAUACUUGAGGUAAAAAGUGGAUCUCACGGUGUUGGUGAAACAUCACAGAAUGCUCAAAUAAAUUAUAACAUUCAGCUUCCUUCAGUAAACACUGUACAAAAUAACAAGUUACCUGAUUCUUCUCAGUUUUCUUCCUUCGUAGGUGUCAUGCCAGCAAAAAGUAACAUUCCUCCGUCUGAAGUAUUACAUAAGGAGGAUCAAAUACAGGAAAUUUUAGAAGGCUUGCAGAAAUUAAAAUUAGAAAAUGACCUGUCCACUCCAGCACCCCAGUGUGUACUAAUAAAUACAUCAGUGACACUGACUCCCACUCCUGUUAAACCAAUUCCAAAUGUCACAGUUGUUCAGCCAGUUUCUGAAAUGAUAAGCAACAUUCAGUUUAGUGACAAAGUUAAUAAACCGUUUGUGUGUCAAAACCAAGGCUGUAAUUACAGUGCUAUGACAAAGGAUGCUUUAUUUAAGCACUAUGGUAAGAUUCAUCAGUACACGCCAGAGAUGAUUCUUGAAAUUAAGAAGAAUCAGUUGAAAUUUGCUCCAUUUAAAUGUGUAGUACCUACCUGUACAAAAACAUUUACAAGAAAUUCUAAUCUCCGGGCGCACUGUCAGUUGGUCCAUCAUUUUACAACAGAAGAAAUGGUAAAGUUAAAAAUAAAACGGCCUUAUGGAAGAAAAUCCCAGAGUGAAAAUUUGUCAGCCCCACGAGUUACACAAGUAAAAAGACAGCUAACUAUGACAGAGGAAAAUAAAAGGGAAUUGCAGCCCGCUUUAGACUUGGGAGCAAUGAAGGAAAAUGCCCUUGGUAAUGUAGCAGUGAUCCCAGAAAAACAACUUGUAGAAAAAAAAAGUCCUGAAAAAACAGAAAAUUCCUUGCAAGUGAUCACAGUUACUUCAGAACAAGGUAAUACAAAUUCUCUCACAAACAUACAAACCAAAGGACGGAAAAUUAGGAGACAUAAAAAAGAAAAGGAGGAGAAAAAACGCAAGAAGCCAGUUUCUCACUCCCUUGAGUUUCCAACAAGAUACAGUCCCUACAGACCUUAUCGAUGUGUUCACCAGGGUUGCUUUGCCGCUUUUACUAUACAGCAAAACUUAAUUCUGCAUUACCAGGCUGUACACAAGUCAGAUCUACCUGCAUUUUCUGCAGAGGUUGAAGAAGAAAGUGAAGCUGGUAAAGAAAGUGAAGAAAUUGAAACUAAACAGACUGUGAAAGAAUUUCGAUGUCAGGUGAGUGACUGUUCUCGAAUUUUCCAAGCAAUUACUGGCCUGAUACAACACUACAUGAAACUUCAUGAAAUGACUCCUGAGGAGAUUGAAAGUAUGACUGCUUCUGUGGAUGUUGGGAAAUUUCCAUGUGACCAGUUAGAGUGUAAGUCUUCAUUUACCACAUACUUGAACUAUGUUGUUCAUCUUGAGGCAGAUCAUGGAAUUGGGAUAAGGGGAAGUAAAACUGAAGAAGAUGGCAUAUACAAGUGUGACUGUGAAGGCUGUGACCGUAUAUAUGCAACUCGGUCAAAUCUCCUCCGGCACAUUUUUAAUAAGCAUAAUGACAAACACAAAGCUCAUUUGAUUCGGCCAAGAAGAUUAACACCUGGUCAGGAAAAUAUAUCAAGCAAAGCAAACCAAGAAAAGACAAAGUCUAAGUAUCGGGGGACAAAACACAGAUCUGGAAAGGAAGGAAUCAAAAUGCCUAAGACGAAACGAAAGAAAAAAGAUAAUUUAGAGAACAAGACUGCAAAAAUUGUGCAGAUUGAAGAAAAUAAGCCUUAUUCUCUGAAACGUGGAAAGCACGUAUAUUCUAUAAAGGCUAGAAAUGAUGCCUUAUCUGAGUGUACAAGCAGAUUUGUGACCCAGUAUCCAUGUAUGAUAAAAGGGUGUACAUCGGUUGUUACAAGUGAAAGCAAUAUAAUUAGACAUUAUAAAUGCCAUAAAUUAUCAAAGGCAUUUACAUCACAACACCGUAAUCUUCUCAUUGUCUUCAAACGGUGUUGCAACUCACAACUAAAGGACACUUCUGAGCAAGAAGGUGAUAAGAGUGAUGUGAAAAAUUCUGACACAUGUGUAUCAGAGAGCAGUGAUAACUCCAGAACAGCUACAGUUCCACAGAGAGAAAGUGAAAAAAAUGAGAAAGAUGAAAUGGAUGAGCUAACAGAAUUAUUUAUUACAAAAUUAAUAAAUGAAGAUAAUGCAAGUGUGGAGACCCAAGCUCAUACCUCUUCAAAUGUAAGUAAUGAUUUUCAGGAAAAUAACCCCUGCCAGUCAGAAAAACAAAAAACAAGUAAUUUGAAGAGAGUUAAUAAAGAAAAAAAUGUCUCCCAAAAUAAAAAGAGAAAAGUUGAAAAAGCAGAACCAGCAUCGGCAGUUGAGUUAAGUAGUACGCAUAAAGAAGAAGAAACUGCUGUUGCAAUUCAAACCACGGAGGAGCAUACUGCAUCUUUUGACUGGAGCUCAUUUAAACCAAUGGGAUUUGAAGUAUCAUUUCUGAAGUUUCUUGAGGAGUCUGCAGUAAAGCAGAAGAAAAAUUCUGACAAAGACCAUCCAAAUAGUGGAAAUAAGAAAGGAUCCCAUUCAAAUUCAAGAAAAAAUACUGAUAAGACUGCUGUGACUAGUGGAAAUCAUGUAUGUUCUUGUAAAGAAAGUGACACCUUUGUACAGUUUGCCAAUCCAUCACAGCUUCAGUGCAGUGAUAAUGUAAAAAUUGUUUUAGACAAGACUCUUAAAGAUUGCACUGAACUUGUGUUAAAACAACUUCAGGAAAUGAAACCUACCGUCAGUCUGAAAAAACUUGAAGUACAUUCAAAUGAUCCAGAUGUGUCUGUUAUGAAAGAAAUUAGUAUGGGUAAAGCCACAGGUAGAGGGCAGUACUGAUAACUAAUGUACUAUAAAUACAUUAUUUACGGUUUUAUUUUAAGUAGGAAGCCAUCAAGCAUGCUAGAGUUGUGAAACUUUCUCAUUAAUUUUUGUUGCUGACGUGAAUUAACCUGGCCAAAAAGAAAAAAAAAAAAAAACAUGACAUUUGUCAUGUAAAACUUUUUUUUUAUCCCUAUGGGACUUGAGGAACAGAAUCAAUACUUCAGUUAUUGUAAAUAGUUGAACUACACCUCAAAUUUCUAUCAGCCAGUUCCCCUUUCCAUGAACUAAAUUGAAUUAUCUGUGUGAUUGUUAUGUUUCACCAGGUCACUGCUCAUGUAGAACAGUAGUCUGUAGAUAUCUUUUUUGUACAUAUUUAUUACUGUAAAUCAUUUGCUGCCACCAGCAGUGUGUAAGUCUAAACUAUUAAAUGACACAUUUAUAUUUGGAAUUUUAAUUUUUAACUAAGUGAUCAAGUUUUUAAAACUGCUCUUUUAUUGUUUUAAAUUAAGAAUUUUUUGAACUAAAAGUAGAAACUCUGCCAUGGUUCAUUGAUUUUUUACAUAAAACAUUUAUUUACAAGAUGAUCUCAAAAUUACUUUUCACAAAGUAGGCACAUUAUAUCAACACCUUGCUCUGCUUUGUAAAUUUAUCCUCCAGGAUUUUGGGAUGGUAUUCAUGUGAAAUUAUAGCAGAUUCUUUAGCAGUUUCCUAUAGCUACAGGUUUUUUUUCAGUGCUUCUAAUUGGAUAUAGUUACUAUGAUUCCAUGAAAUAUAAUGGAAAUGUGAAUAAAGAAUUUACUACAUCAAAGAUUUUAAACAUUUGGUAUUAAAAAAAAAAAUCCUUUGUGAAUGUGAUAGAAACUAGUAGUGUGGAGCAGUGUAAAUAUUUGAGGUGGUGAUUUGUGAAGUAGCCCAGUAUUGCCUUAAAUAAAAUCACAUUUCAUUUCUUGUUUUAUACAUGUGAUCUUAUAAAGUUUUUUUUUUUUUCCCAUUUUCUGAGAUUUAUAGAUUGGUGUAUAGCUUUAAACUGUAUAAACUUUUGUGGAAAGAUUUUUUUAAACAUUUUUAUAAAUCUUAAAAUUGGUAUCAUCAAAGUGAGCCCAUCUUGUGUUUAUAAAAUGCAAGAGUCCUUAACAUUUAUAAUUACAUAGAUGAAACACUUUCUAUAAGGAAGUUGGAUGUUUUGAUUUUACUGUUUAUAGAUGUUAGAUUGUACAGAUUUGUAUUUUCCCACCACAUCUAAUGAUACUUUUUUCAUUAGAUUGGUCUUCCAGAGCAGUAUUAGUUGUUAUAAUUGAUUAUUUUGGUUAUUCAGUAUAUAGUUAGCUCUUAUGGUUUAGCUUUAUUCACCAUAUUUAUACUGUGGAUUCACGGCAGAGAUAGAGGUUAUUGCAGGAGAGUUUAUUACCUUCAUUUGAAGUCCAACUAAAGUCAGUACUGGAAACAAAAGAAAACAUCUUUUGAAUUUACUUUUGUUUCUGUUUGCCAUAAAUAGUAGCAUUGAUUUUUGACUUUGUGUUUGUUAUAAACCAGUUGCAUUCACAAUAUUAUUAGCCUGAGAUAUUGACAAUGUUGUAAUAAUAUGAAAAUGUGUAUAUUCCCUGUGCAACAUCAGAUUUGCAGGAAAAAUGAAGCACUUAACUGAAAUUGCUGGUACUCUGAAUAAAUAAGCAUGGUCAAGGAGUGAAUUAUUUUCUUUUGGAAAAUAUUUUUUUAAGUUUUAUUAAAGUAUUAUAGUUUUAUUUUUAGGGCCUAAUGGGUUAUAUUGAAUAGUUGGUUUCACCUCCUUAAGGUUUAUUACCAGUAUGCAUAAAACUUGACACAUUAAAAUCCCUUCCCUUUGGUAAGCCCACUGUUAUUUAUUAAAAUAAAAGUUGUUCUUAUGGGUAAUUAAUACAUGUUUUUUUCCUAAAUUAACAAUAACUUAACUCUGAAUAAUUUUAAUAUUAAAUUUUUGUUAACAACUGAAUGUUUCCGUACAGUUUUCUUGGAAGUUGACCUAGUUCUUAAAGAUAGGCAUUUGGCAAAACUGCCCUAAACAGUACAAUAGCAAGGAGAUUUAUUUCUGGUAAAUGUAGUGAUGAGCCACCGUUAAGUGAAAAUACCAUUGUAUUGGGGCUUUUCUUUUGCUCAUUAGCUCAAGAAAAUUGACCCUUAGACAUUUCUGUAUUCUACAUGUCAGGAGAAAGUUUGCCAACACUGAAUUAAUUUUUUUUAUAUUCCAGGUACUGUUUGCUAAAAGUAAUUAUGGCAGAGUGGGCUUUUUAGCAUGGAACAAAAAUCAAGCUAUGGUAUAAAAUAUUAAUUUAUAGAACAGCAUGUUGGUAAAAUUUGAUAUGGAAUGUAAUGCCUAAGUAUUAAAAAAGUAAUCUUAAAGUA